AUGGGGUGCCUUUUCUCAAGAUUCAAUUUCAGUGGCAGACAGCACUUAGAGGAAAACUUUGAAGAGCAGCCGAAACAGUAUUCAUGGGAUAAAAGAGAAAAAAGCAAUGCAGAAGAUUAUCUAAUUGAUGGUGUUAAAAAUGAAACUGUUGGAAGAUUACCUGGUGUAUUAAAUGGACAACAAAUAAUUAUACAGAAUUGUGAGAAUUGUAAUAUUUAUAUCUAUGACUAUACUGCUACAGUAACAGUUGAUGAUUGUAUUAAUUGUAAUAUAUUCCUAGCACCAGUUAAAACCAGUGUAUUUAUAAGAGAUUGUAAGAACUGUAAUGUAGCUGUGAUCUGUCAACAAUUACGUACUCGAGACUGUAGUAAACUGAACAUCUAUCUAUGUUGUGCUACUCAACCCAUUAUUGAAUCUUCAACUGGAGUUAAAGUUGGAUGUUUCCAGUAUUAUUAUCCAGAAUUAGAAGGUCAGUUUAAAUCAGCUGGGUUAAGUAUAUAUAAUAACAAUUGGAGUAAUAUACAUGAUUUUACACCUGUACCUGGUGAAAAUAAUUAUACUUUAAUCUCACAGGACUGUAAGAUAGAAGAUUUAAUACCACUGCCAACAACUGAACCCUUUUCUACAAUACAAGUAUCAUUAGAGAAAGACAAAAGUGUGGUACCAUAUACAUUAGGUAGCAGACAUAAAAACUCAGAUGAGUCAUGUUUAGUUGUAUUUUUUAAUGAUGGAGGUUCACAUUCAAGAGCAACAAGUUUUACUGAUUCUUUACUUCUACAGGUAUGUAACUGA